CAUUCCACUUUACGGGCCUCUUAAAGGGUGAGAGGGUUUCUUUUUACGAGAAAUAACGACUUGAGUUACAUUUUAAAAAAUAUAAUUCUGAGAAACGUGUCUCUCUAAUAGCAAUACAGUGCAAUUUGUAAGUAUUUAACGUUAGUAGGUUGUCGACGGGGGGUACUGUUUGUGGCUAAACGUUGGCAAUCUGCGCAUGCCUAGUACGGUAAUAAUUGUUUUCUACCUAAUUUACGUGUAAUGUCAUCCUAGUCAAUCUGUUAAAAGUAUGUUCAUUAAUAUUUAGUCUUUAAACACGUGUACACGGUCCAGUUGACUAACGUCACCCUAUGUGAAGCAUAGGAACUUUCUUUAUUCAGCUAAAGUCUUUGGAACUACAUUUCCCUGAUUUCUCUCAGCUGUCCGGUUAUACGACGUGUCGUAAAAUCCAGUUAACAGCAAAAACGAGAUGGACACCACCAAAGACGCCUGACAGUUUUUUUUGACUUUAUCCCUAAUUAGUUAGCUGAAAUGUUUAUGUAGUGGCCCCAGGCUUCAGCUCACAGAAGUGGUUGUGAAAAUGGAAGCCAUGGAAGAUGACAGUUUGGAUAUAAAAGACGACCAUAACCACAACUAUUGUGCGAGCAGCAGCAGCAGCAGUAGUAGUAGUAGUAGUAGUAGUAAAGUCCGCACCUAUCUGAGAAGCCAGUUGUCGGUUGUAACAACUGUCCCGCAACCUGCCGGUCCACCGGUGCCGGGUGGAGAACCGGGGACUCGACGAGGGAAACUGUGGUCCGGCAGCACCGGGGGGUCAAAGUUAAUGGACUCGGAUUCAGGCAGCGAGAGCAGCGAAGUCAGCGAGACUGACUGCACGGCUCCGCCACCCGCUGUUGAGGGAAAUCUCCCCCUCGAUUCUAACGUUACUUCCAAGUUCCUUCUGAAUGCAAUGGCUGUAGAAGACUACCGGAAAAACCACUGGCCAAACCUGGAGAAGGCAAUUGACCGUCUUCUGAUUCAGAAUCCCACGGACCACAUCUCUGUUUCUUAUGCACAGAUAUACAGUUACGUCUACAAGUGUGUUUGUCAGCAGCACUCCGAGCUGCUCUACAAUGAUUUGACAUUAAAAAUAACAAACCACCUGGAACAGGUUUCCACCCAUCUACAAGCCAGACCACCCGAGGACUUCAUUGAGAACUUUAAUGUUGCGCUGACCCAAUACACAGCUUCCCUACAAUGUAUAGUUCCUGUAUUUAUGUACUUGAACAAGUUCUACAUCGAGUCGAAGCUGAACAGAGACCUAAGAGAGGACCUGAUGAAGCUGUUUGCUGAUCACGUCGCAGAAAUACAUGUGAACACACUGAUGCCUCUUCUUAUCAAAGCUCAUUCCAUGCCGUUUCAAGUGCAGCCAUCUACAAUGGCCAGUGUGGUUAAAGGCCUCUACAGCCUCCGUCCAGACUGGGCCCAGUUAGCCCCGGAUCUCUUCUCUGGGUUUAUUCCCCAGAUCAACCCUCCUGCUGUGGAGUCUCUGCUUCCUGACUACGCCGCUCAUGACCAGAAGUUGCAGAUGGAGCUCUCCAUGAACGGCUUCCCACGAGGUGACCAGUCUCGCAAACGGGCCAGCGACGACUCCUGAUAGCAGAGCCGCCGUCACCAGAUUGGUUGCAGAACUAUUUACUGUGCCUCUUACAUCUUUCUCACGAGUUGGCCCACUGCACUAGGUACAAUGUUGACAAUGUGUCAGUUUCAUCUCUCUCGACGCAGUCACAAAUCACUGUGAACAACAAAAGGGUUGUUGAGCAGAGGCUUAAUCUUAAAGCACUAAAAAAAAAAUAAUAAAAAAACACACACAGACUUCCAUUAUGGUGCUUUCCUGUGUGAUUAUGAUGCAUCCAGCUUCAGUAUUUGUGGGAUGCUGCUGUGUGCUCAGAGAUGGGUUUCUUGAUGUUCUCCUCAUUUUGAAGAGUGCCUCCAUGGUGCCUUCUGAUCGGAUAUCCUCAUGACGGAUAGGCUGAUGAUGAGUAUUUCAUUCCUAACCUUUAACAUGGAAGUGUCUUUUUUUUGUAUAGACUGGGCUAAUCGAGACUUUCUAUUGCUGCUAAUAAUACUGUCCGUGUGGUAAUACUACAACUCCCUCAAUUUCACCCACUGUGUCUGUAACCAAGUCACUCAACACAAAUGAGUGUGGAAAGAAAUGAGAACAAGGGCAACUAAGUCAUUGACCUCAACUAUGAUUCCCUUCUUCAUCUUGCCUCUACUGUGUUGGUAAACCGGAUUGUAUUUUCCCGUUACGCCAAAGAGGAUUUGCAAUUUCUUUUUUUUUUUUUUUCUUUUAUAUAAACUGCAUUGGAUUUAGGUUGACCCUGUUAUUGUUGUAUACUCUCUGAGUCACUGAGCCAUUUAAUUAUUCUUUUUUUUUUUUAUACUAGUACGUUUUGAGCUUUAGUUGACCUGUUUGUUAGGCUUGAGUCAAAUUCUACCUUUAAAUAUCCCUUGUCUGUUUUAGCCUUGCAUGUAGGAUUGGCAGGGAUUGCCAUGUAUGACAUUACACUGUUUGCCAGAAAGCUUAAACAACCACAGAAUAGUGUUUGACAAUUUCCUUAUUUCCCUUACUUUUUAGUUUGUUUGACUGCUUCAUGAAUUUUACAGAAAGAAUGAUUACGCCAACAUUGUUUGGCCCCAGUCUGGCGUACUUGUGCAUUAAAUGUUCCUAACAUGCAUAUCCUGAUAAUGAUGUAAAUAACUUUUGGUGUUUGCAUAGGGGUCAGUAUACACUAGCUUUUUUCACAGAUGCAUUUUUGUUAAAAAAAAAAUAUUAUUAUAGUAUUUGAUACAAGUCCUACACUGUUUUAAGUGUAAAUAGAUGCUCAGGCUUGCUUUUUGUUUCACUCUGUGGGUCUUGAAAAUGGUUCCCAUUGUCUUUCCAAUAAACUAAUUUCAUUAUUCAUGGGACACGGAGGUGAUUGUGUUUUUCACUAUUCAAGAUUUGAAAUCUGGGUCUUGAUAAAUGUUCUCUUAAAGUAGGCAUUAUGACAAACCUGAAGAAGAACAAACACUGGAUGUACUAUGUUACUUGCUGAGAUAUCACUCUUUCUCUUACAUCUUGCAAAAAUAUCCAUGUUAAAACAACUAAACAACUGUGAAUAAACUUCCACUUGGCUCAAAUUCUGUUCCAAUAAUCUA